GCCGACCAGACGGACUUAUAGUUAUAAUUUUAUUUUAUUUUGUCUGUGAUGAUUUUGUGAAUGUGUAAAAUCAAAUAUUACGUUAAUCUAUUGUUCGAAUCGAUUUUAAAAAAAAGAUAAAAAAAAAAUCUUUGUUUAAAUAUUAAAUAAAAUAUCAACAAACUGUUCCUUUUUCUAUCAAUUAAAUAUUGUGUCAAAGAUAUUUACAUGUUUAGAGUUCUUUAAAAAUUUUGUUGCAAUAAUUCUGUACGGCGUAUUCAAGACUAAAACAAACUCUAUAUUAAAGAUGUUUCUAACUAAAUUUCCGUGCUAAAAGUAUUAUUACGUUAACGAACAAUAUCAUAACAAAUAAAAACUUAAUUGUUAACAACAAGGAUAACUUCAACGAAGACGAACCAAGACAAAUUAAGAAAAAUCUCCUGAGUUGAAUAAACAAAAAUGUCUCAAAACGAUAUUUACCAGAAUACAUCAAAAAUAGACGAGAAAACUGUCUUCACAGGCAUAAAUUCGCUGCUCACCAAUAUCCAGCAUUUAAAACAAGAAUUACUUAAAAUCAAACUAGACGCAGAUUUAUUCAAAAAGAAUACAUUUCAAUCGGUCGAUAGAAAACUUGAAGAUCUCGUAAAUAGACUUGAUGUCAUAAACAAUGCGAUUAUGACACUCGAAACUGUAUGGUUGGAGCGAAAAAAAAAUCAUGAAAAACACGUGGAACCUAAUUUUAUAGGGUAUAAAAACAACCAGUUUGUGAAUGGUUUAGACGUAGCAAAAGCAGAAAAGAACGGAAGAGACUGGUGCCAUACCGUACGACAGAGAGAAAUCGAACUUCUAAUGCACGCUGGUGCGCUUUCAUCGUUAUAUUCUAUUGAGGAGCUAGAAUCAAUAGUGCUGAUGUUCUACGGUAGAAUUCAGGAGUUACUAAAAGCGACACAGGAGCUUCGCAUUACCAACAAUGGUCUGGGUAUUAUUGGUGGGCGGUUGGUCGGCAAUUCACUGAAGUUCAUCUUGGCCAGUUCCAACGCUCUUGAAAUCGACCCCAACGAGUCGCUUGCGCAAGAGUUUCGGUCACUAGACCUAAAUCACGUCGAAAUCGGGCGGGCAGCAUGCCAGGUGACGGAUGUUUUAAUUACCCUGCCAGAAGCCACAGAGAUGCUCUCCAAGUACGAGUUAGCCGGUGUCACUGUCGGUGGAUCUCCUAACCAAUUACCAAGAGACCCCUCAGGUCACGGCGGAAGCAGCAGCAACGGAUACUCGGAGGAGGCCAACUCCGAAGCGGAUAACUCUCACGGCGGCUGGUCCGAGGACAGCGCCACAGAGGAUGCACAGGGACUCAAUACCUCCGUAGAUGUUCAGCAUAAGCACGCCUUUGUUAAUGGUCAGCAAAUGGAUAUCGACGCGCAAGAAAACAUUUUUGAGGAUUCCGGAUACGACGACGCCUACGAUAAGGUGGAGCAGUUCCUUCAGGAUCCCACGAUGAAGAACUUCAACAGACUCGGGAACAAUGCGGCUGAUGAGAUCGAUGCUCAUCUGCAGCGUACAUGCGAGCCGUCGACGGUGGCCCGUCGGUACGCAUGCGCAGCGCUGUGCGUGUCCUCGCUGGCGCGCCACAGCGCAGCGGCGCGGGAGGCUGCGCGCGAGCUCCUUGCACAACUCACACGCUACGCUACCGACAGGCGCUGGCCCGUGGCUGAUGCGCUACUUGCCGCACUCGGACUCAUUAAGUCUGAGGACAAUGAGUUCAAGAUACGCUGGUCGGUGGAGGAGUGCUACUCGUGUGUGGCGGAGGUGUUGCAGGAGCCAUACUUCCCAGCGCGCGUGCGCGACAUGCUCAGGUCCUUCAUAGCCAGCAAGCUGCCGACACUUCCGUUGCCAGUACGCGACGAGAUAAAACGAUAUCCAGCUCUAUACUCGUAUUAAAGAUGUUUAUUCGUUUUAUUUUUACAUCCGACAUUUUUGUCGUCUGAUUUAUAGAUACGAUUUUUUAUAGUCAAAGACUAGAAAAAGCUUCUCACAUUUAUCGACAUUGUUGGAUUGAUUGUCAUUGAUGAUCGAUGAUUGUCUCUCACUAUUACAAGGUUCUAUGUAAUAUUUUUGCUCAUUUUGAAUUAUAUAGACCUUUUCAGUAUGAUAUUUCCAAAGAUCCCGAAAGAUAAGUUGAGGAAGAACCAUAAAUUAUUGUCAUUUCUAAUUAUUACCGAAAUGAAAAUUAAAAAUUUUGAUUUUCUAGUUAAACAAAAAUUAACAUAGGAUGUUAUAAUAGUGAACGGCAAACUAUAUCAUAACAAAGAGCUAUGUUAAUUAAAGUUCUUAUUUCACUAAGUAAUUAUUAAAAUACAUACCGUUUUAAUUAUCUCUUACCUAUUUUAGAAUAGAAUACAUUACUAGAAAUGUUCAGAAUUCGCAUCUAAGUGAUACAUGACAAUAUUUCAUUAAAUCUUAUUACUUAUCA